AUGUCAAGCACUACAAUUAAAAAAUGGCUCAUCACCGGCGCAUCAUCGGGACUGGGUCUUGAAAUGGCACUUUCAGCACUACGUGCAGGCCAUCACGUUAUAGGGACCAGCCGAAAUAUCGAAAUCGCCGCUGCUAGCAACCCUGAAUUCGACAGACUUGGUGGCAGAUGGUUGAAGCUCGAUGUGUCUCAGCCUGAGGCGCAGGAAGUUCUGGAGAAGCUAUUUUCCCAAGAGGAAGAAUAUCAGCAGAGUCAACAUUGGGUGGUCGUGAAUAAUGCAGGCAACAGUCUACUUGGAGCAGUGGAGGAUAUGAGCGAAGGUCAAAUUUCCGCCUACCUCCAAAUCAAUCUCUUCGGACCAAUUCGCGUAUGGAAAGCCGCCUUACCGGUGCUUCGUCGCCACAAAAUGGGAACUCUUAUCACCAUAUCUUCCAUUUGGGGAAUUGUGAACAAGUCGGAACAUAUGAUGUACAGUGCUGCCAAGGCGACUAUAGAGUCAUUGACUGAGUCCUACGCCGACGUACUUGCACCGUUCGGGAUCCGAGUUAUGAUAAUUGAGCCCGGAGGUUUCCGCACAAAAUUUCCUGCCAAUGCUAGCAGAUCGGACGGAGGAACCACGGAAGAUUACGCAGAGAGGAUCAAUGCUUGGGGGGACAUCAUUGAUGCCGCAGGCAAGGAUGAGACAAUGGUGAACGGUGACCCGGGACGCUUUGGGGAGAAGGUCUUGGAUGCUGUUGAGAAACAGGGGGAUUUUAAGAAGAUAUGGAUGGAUCAGGUGAAGGGAAAGGUGCUUCGUGUGCAGUUGGGAUCUGACUGCUACGAGAUCCUGGGCAAACGAUUGAGGGAAUUACAGGAUGGAUAUGAGAAGAUGUCUGAGAUUGCAAAAUCGACGGACAUUUGCUGA